UAAAAAGUUGAUGUUAUACAACAUAAUUAUUUAUAAUGAAACCAAUUCAAAAACCUUCUAAAUCUUUCAAGAUUGAUGCUUCAGAUAUCUGGGACGACAGUGACCUGAUUGUAAGCGAGGAGACUUCCAAUAACAUUACUCGUCAAUCUCUCAAUAAAACCAGACAGUUUAAAAACACUAUGAAAAAUAAUAAGGGUAAGGUGAAGCCUGAGGACCUAUCCGAUUAUGUACUUGAAAAAGGCCUUCACCAGUAUUCAUCUUCUGUUGAUAUCCAAAUGGAAUCAUUUGAUGAUGAGUUUGAAUCUGAGAGUGAAGAAGAAGCUCAAGAAAAGAUCUUAAAACCUAUGAUCGUUCUUGAGAAUGUUGAGAAAACUGCAUGAACUAUAAGGGAAGGCGCAAAUAUCCUUUUAAGCCUUCGGCAAAUUCCUUCGAACGAAUUGCUCAAAGUUAUCCUUUAAACACUUUGAAUGUUCGAGGCUAGCUUGGAAACAAGUUUUAUAAUUAUAAAUAUUUUCUAAUAAUUUGAUC